CCAGAUCUAGACUAAGUAGACAUACGCACACACACGACCAAUGGCGGUGCAUAGAUUUUCCGGCUUGACACUCGGUUCGAAAGGCCCCUGCACAUCGAGCUCUCCCCCAAAAAUUUGGCCUAGCACUAGUACAGGGGAGGCACCGGAGCAGCCCACAGGACGAGACGAGACGAGACGACACAAGACAACAUAAUACGAGAAGCCGCUGUUGACCUCGGACACGAUUUGGAAGCUUCGGCAGUCUUCGUCACAAAGAUGCAGAAGAUCCUCAAGCGCGUCGCUACCGCCGAGCGUGUGGCGGCAAAGCGCAAGGCCACGAGGGAUUGGCAAGCUUGGAAGAAGGAGCGCUUCAACGAGCAAGAUGAAGUGAAAUACCAGCGAUCCCAGAUAGCACUGGACUUUGGCCGGGCAAAGCAGGCGAUCAAAGACGACUGGUACCUGGGCCCCAACGCACCGAAUAUCAAUGUCGGCGAAAACGGCUCAACGCACGGUACCAUCUCCGAAGCAAGAUACCAGAUGAGCGCCACAUUGAAGGAUCACCAGAAAGAGGCAAGGUGCGAGUGGUUGGGAGGUGCAAAGAACUUGAACUUGGUCGAGGGCGACCGAGUUGUCCUGCUCGAGGGGCCCGAUAAAGGCAAGAUUGGCAAGAUCACGACUGUGCAACAGGACAAGAUGGAGGUUGUCGUUGAAGGUCUGAAUAAGUCCAAUGUGAGAAUGCCGAUAGCCCUUCUCGGCGAGGGAAAGCCGCCAGGCAUUAGCAUCGAACUUCCCAUUCCCAUUUCCGGCGUCCGUCUCGUGCACCCUAUCCGCGACCCAAAGACUGGCGAGACCAAGGAUGUCAUCAUCAACCAGCUGCGACAUGCCAACUUCAUCCACGAUAAGGUCACCGAUCAGUCCGAAUGGACUCGCGUUGUUCCUGGUUUGAAUAUGGCUAUACCGUGGCCCGAGAGUGCCCCCAAGGAGGCCGUAGACUACAAGGUUGACACGCUCCGCAUCGACGUCGAGGAACGUACCUUUGUCCCUACGCUACUACGCCCGCCCAUGCCAGAGCAGGUCAUCGAUGAGCUCCGCAACAAGUUCUCGCGGUUCAGAACCAGGCACGAGCCUGAAUACAUCGCCGCUAGAGAGGCGGAAGAGCAAGCGAAGAAGGACCGUGUUCAGCUCAUGGACUCGAUGCGCACGCCGCUGCAGGAAUUCCACCGCGCCGAGCGCGAGAUGAAGAAGAGGAAGGGCAAGCCGAGACUGACGGCCGAGAUGCUCGAGCAAAUUGGCAAGGUCAUUGCCAAGAACCGAGAGAGGACCUUGACCGCGGCAGGCGUGAGCAACGUAUCCUCAUCAUCUGCAAUAUCAGGAGCUGCUGUACCACCCGAGAUCUCGAGCGCAGACCAUGGCCGGCGAGCUGACUGAGAUCAGCACAGUAUCGUCCCGCCGCCCUCGUCGUAAUAGCAGUCGACCAAGGACGCAGAAACAAAGCGGGUGGCGCACAACUGGGCCGACGCAAUGUAACAUAUAUGUAGAUAACACUGAAGCAUCUGUGACUGCUGGCUAGAGCCAGCGAGGCGUGUACUCUGUACAAUGACAACCAUACUUUUUUUUUUUAUACAAUACGUU